AUGCGACUCAUUAAUGGCACUAUAGAUACUAGUAACGGCAUUAAGGAAGCCUGUGAAAAGGAAUAUGAAAGGUGUAAAAGAAAUCCAAACGUUGAUAUGAGUAAUGGUAGUAAGAAUGGCAGCGGUAAUGAUGAUAAUAGUAAUAAUAAUAAUAAUAAUAUCAGUAAAACAAAUAAUCCAAAUGAAGGUUUGAAUGAAAGUAAAAUGAAUGCGGUCGAUCCUGACAAUGGGGAGACGGGAGAAAGUGGUAUGUUAAGUAAUGCUAGCAAUAAACCCAAUAAAUGGGAAGUAAAGUGUAAUUGUAGGGACCCUUCAAAAUGUCCGGUUAAUGGAAAUUGUUGUCAGAAUAAUGUAAUUUAUAAAUGUAGCGUACAAAUUCAUAAUGGCCAAAGAAGAACCUAUGUCGGUAGCACGAUAGACUUCUAG